AAAACAUUCAAUUUUGAGGUCGCGGAAGUAAUGGCGUAUAGGCGUAGCAUCAUAGCUAGAACUAAGUUGUUUUAUCAACAGCACCAGCGAUUUGCCCCUUCUUUUUCACAUAUUAGUGGUAGCGAUCGCGAUGAAUUGCCUGCUAAAAGCAUUAACAGGAAUACUGAGAUCCGAAGCCAUUUUCGGAUUACCGGAAACAUUGCCAGCAAUUCCCUGCUACCAGGAAGUGUCUCUCGACUCAUGCGAUCUGAGUUUCGAACAGGCUAUGGGCUCAAUUUUCAUAGAAAUAUGUCGAAGUUGCCUUCGGACAUUGAGGGUCUACAUGACGCUGGGGAUCUGUAUGGUGCGAUCAGUGCUGUGGGGGAGAAGGCUGUGGAGGUAGCUCCGAUGGUGAAUGAAGCGGCCGUUGCAGCAGCAGAUUCAAUCAACUACUUGAACUUGAUUGAAGUUUUUCAUUGUUGCGCUGGAUUGGAAUGGUGGGCAUCAAUUGCUGCUACAACUCUUUUGAUGCGUUUCAUUUUUGUUCCUUUUCAAAUAUAUUUCCUGCAAUUCUCUUCCAAAAAUCACACAGCUAUUCUAGAACAUGUACGUCGGUUAGGAACCUCUGGUUUUUCGAUUGAGAAUAUUGAAAAAGAUGAAGCUUGGAGUAAACUGGUGAGCAGAUACGACAACUUUCAGUAUAGUGGACUUAAGGCAUCAUUAAUAUCGGGGAUCGGGUUUUACGUAUGGGUUUCAUACAUGGCAAACAAUGUUCCCUCUUUCACUACAGGUGGAACUUUAUGGUUCACGGAUUUAACAGCUUGUGGUCACACGGAUCUCCCAAUCCUUAUGGCAUUGACAUUGUGGCUUAGGUUGGAGUUGUAUCCAUUUUUUUAUCUAGAAGGCAGGUCACCUAGCACGUCUGGUAACAUGUUGGUAGCUGUUUCAGCAUACCUUGCCGCUGUCGCUGGAGGGUUCCCCACGGCUGUAUACUGUUAUUGGUUGACCAGCAACCUCUUUUCAAUAGCAUGUGGAGCUGUGAUGAUGGAUCCUCGAGUUCAGAAAUUGUUGGGGAUAUCAUAUAAACCAUCUGAAGCUGAUAAAUAGACGUACUGAAAUUAGCUUUGUUAUUUUGUGGUUUGAAUAAUAGUCAUAUGGAUUCAGAGGCUAGGAUUAUGGAGCAUGAGCUACAGCCGCAUUUGGCCCAAAAUUUUAUUGUUGAAAAAUCAUUACCCUUUUGUGUUUCA